AUGGCCCUAGGUAAAGUACGAAAUGAGAUAUUAUCUAAUUACAGUUUUAUGAAGGAGAACACGUUUGUAACUAAGGGUAAACACUUGAAUCUGCUUCUUCAUGUUGAUUUAGCUGCUUGGGUGUAUUCGCCAGAUAACAUAAGUAUGAUUGAUUGUGUCAGUGGAGCCAUCAUACCAUGUCAGCUGCCUAUUGAGAUUGAUCAAUCUGGGUGGUGGAGUAUUAUUGGGUCUGAAUAUGGGAUGCUAUGUCUGAGAUACAGUAUCAAUAGUUUUAAUUCUGAGGUGUUGGUUUGGAAUCCCCUUCUGAAAAGUCUUUGGUGCUUGGAAGAUCCUGUUAACAAACUAUGCCGUCAAGCUAUGAUCGGAUAUGCAUUUGGUUUCACUCCUAGAACUGAUAAGUAUUUCAUUGUACAUGUAUCAAAGAGGAAUAUCAGAGAUCGAUUUCUUCACUGUAAUGUAUAUGACUCGGCUUAUGGGGAAUGGAGACAUGGUUAUAUUAAGGAUCAAAGGCUGAAGAAUCUGGGUGGAAGUUCUGUCGUACACAGAGGCAAGGCUUUCUGGAAUAAUUGGGUGGGAAGGCAAUCCAGUAUUGCCAGUGAUACAGUUAUCUUUGACGUGGUGACAUUCAAAAUCCAAAAAAUUAAGAUAAUUGAUUCUCCAAACCAGGCUCAAAAGCCAUAUUUUCAAUCUGUCACUGUUUUUCAAGAUACUUUGUGUUUAAUGGGUUAUGAAACAUCCAAUAUGGGAUGGCACACUAUGUUAUCUAAGGUUGACAUUGAAACCUUCAAUAUUGUUCGUUGGAGAAAGUUUAUGGAGAAUAGGCAAAGGAAAAUUCAUUGCAACCCCAGUUUUAUUAUUGGUGAAAAUCUAAUCAGAGUUCACGAAAGGAUUAAAAGUUCAAAGAGGACAAAUUUACCUCUUUCAACAGAGGUCUCAGUAUCCAAAGUCAAUAUGAUUACUUACAAAAGAAAUAUCAUUUACUAUAGUUCAUGGCCCUAUGAGAUGUGUCUCAAGUAUGCUUCAAUUGUAUCCCAAAGGUUGAUUAUUUUCUGA